AUGGGUUACUACUGCGAUUACAACGGGUACUGCUACACUACCCGACCAAACUAUACAUUGAUCUUCGUUGGAGUUGGUGUCUCUCUAUUCCUUUCCUUAUUGUGCUGCUAUAUCCGACAGCGCAACAACAACGGAGCGCCAGCAGGAACGAUAGUGGCACCUGGAGGAACAGUCACAGGCCCUCCAGUCUAUGUCGCUCAGGGCGCACCAUACCCGCCCGAAGGCGGAAACAACAACUACAUGUACCCGCUUCCGGAAUACCAACCGCCGAUGUACCCUCCACCUGCUGCAGGCGUCACGGACCCGACCUACCAGCCUAAAAUGGGGGAUAACAACACGACCGUUGUGCAGAUGACUGAUCCCUGGUCUCCGCCUACUCCACCUGUGCUUGCGGCUGGACCGCAGCAUCAGCAUAUGCAUGCCCCGCACAACCCGCACACACAACACCACACACCUUACUGA